UAGGUUUUCAACAUCUGAAAUUCAACAGUUGAAGAUGUGGGAUCAAGGUGGCCAACCCUGGCAGCAGUGGCCUUUGAGCCAGCAACAGUGGAUGCAGUCAUUUCAGCAGCAACAGGAUCCAAGCCAGAUAGACUGGGCAGCAUUAGCACAAGCAUGGAUUGCACAGAGAGAGGCCACCGAGGAACCUGUAACAACACCUCAGCCAGUGAUCAUACCCAAUGGGCAGGCAGUACAUGCCAUAGAAAAUGCUCCAGACAACCAUGCAAAUUUUCCAGGAGAUCCUAAUUUCAACAGAAUGUGGGAACAAGACUGGGGAAUGCAGCAGCACCAUCGACCACCUCACCCACCACCUGAACAGCAGUGGAUUCCAACCCCAGCCCCUAUGGAAAUAGCCCCUCCAGCUGAAGACAGCAGCCAGGAUAGUGGUGAGUUCACACCGGAAUCCAGACGUAUGUUCAAUCAAGUCAAUAACAACAAUUUUGGAGGAGCGCCGGAAAACUUUGGGAUGGGAGCGGCUCCAGUCAGCCAGUUUGAUUAUCAGCAUGGGGCAGCUUAUGGUCCUCCAGGAGGAUUUCAUCAGCCUUUCUGGCAACCUGGACCACCACCAAAUCGUAGAGAGCGUCCGUCUUACAGAGAUCGGCCACGCUCACCCAUAGCAGUAAAACCAGACCCUCCUGCUCUUGACGCUGUGAAACGCAGAACCUUGCCAGCUUGGAUCCGUGAGGGACUGGAGAAGAUGGAACGGGAAAAACAGAAAAAACUUGAAAAAGAAAGGUUAGCAAAAGAACGAGCACAAUCUUCAAAACACAAAGAAGAUCCAGAAGAAGUACAUGAAGAAACUGAUGGACCCAGAUUGCCGCACAAAAGUAAAUUUGACAGUGAUGAUGAUGAUGAGGAAUAUGAACCUACUGAAACCAAAAUUAGUGACAAGCCAAGCCGGAGUCCUUCUCCUGUCACUCAAGAGGAACAGAGUGAACCAGAAAUGACUGAAGAAGAAAAGGAAUUUCAGAUGAUGAUAAUGAUGAAAAUGCUGCUUACUGAGGUCCUUCUGGAAGUGACCAAUGAAGAGAUCUAUAAUGUUGCGAGGGAAGCUCACCGGAAAGCCACUAAAGCUCCUGCAAAGCAGCUGGCACAGUCCAGUGCACUGGCUUCUCUGACUGGACUUGGUGGACUGGGCGGGUAUGGCUCUGACAGUGAAGAUGAAAGAAGUGAGCGAGCCUCCGAGUCGUCUGAUACAGACGAUGAAGAACUUCACCGUAGAAUUCGACAGAAACAAGAGGCUUUCAGACGCAAAGAGAGGGACCUGCAGCUACUGCUACAACUCCUACAACAGCAACAGCAGGAGAAACAAAUCGAAGAUGUAAAACAUCAAGUAGAGGGCAAAAUUUUCAGGGAGGUGGAUGUUAAAGAACAGAGUAAAGAACAUGGUAGCAGUGCAGUUAAACAUGAGGGGAAAGAGAAAGAUUUUGAAACCGUUACUGAAAAGAAAAGAAAUCACAGUGAAACUGAACUCAACCCAGAUUUGAGCAAACCCUCUAGUGAGAAAAAUACAAAGGAGAAAGCGGCAAGAAACAGAAGUUCCUCCAGUAGCAGUAGUGGGAGCAGCAGCAGUGGUACCAGUAGCAGCAGCAGCAGCAGAUCAAGGAGCUCCACGUCAAGCACUAGUACAGGAAGCAGUAGCAGCUCUUCCCAUUCCUUUUCCCCUAAGAGGAAGAAAAAGCGGAGCCGUAGCAGGUCUCCUUCCAACAAAGCUAGGCGAAACAGUAGAAGCCAAAGUUAUUCCCGUAGGCGCAGGAGAGAGAGGAGCAGGAGCAGGGAUAGACGCAGGAGAAACAGCAGAAAUGGGAGUUGGGAUAGAGAAAGGCGAAGGAACCGCAGUGGGUCUCGGGACGGAAAGAGCAGGGAUAGAAUCAGGAGUAGAAGUAAAAGUGAUGCCAAGCGCGCUAGUCGCAGUAAGAGCAAGGAAAGACGUAGGACUCCUGAAAGACGUAGGAGUGACAAGAGUGGGAUAAGGCAUCGAAGCAGUAAGGAAAGGGAUAGGAAGAAAGAUAGGAGCAAAAGUACAGAGAGGGAUAAAAAGAAAGAGGAAAAGAAACGGGAUAAAGAAAAGGAUCAGGACAAAAAGAGAGACAAGCAGAGAAGCAAGGAUAAACAGAAAGAGGAUAAUGAUAAUAGUAAAUCAAAUAGUCAGGAUGAGAGUAAGUUGAAGCGAAAAAGGGAUUCAGUGAGGACUUAUUCACGCAGUGACUCAUCUAGUAAGCUUCCACAGCAGUACUCUAGACAAGAUAGUGAGUCUAGUAAAAAAAGUUCCACAAAGGAUGGUAAAAAACACUCCGACACAGAAUCUAGUGCAAGGAGCAGCUCUCGUUCUCCGGAUAGCGGCAGAGAAAAGAAGUCAAAGAAAUCUAAACGCAGUCGCUCAAGAUCAGUGGAAAAAUCUCAAAGGUCUGGUAAGAAGGCAAGCCGCAAACACAAGUCUAAGUCACGAUCAAGGUCGAGAACUCCUAAUAACCGUAAGCAUUGAGGGGGAAAAAUUGUCUGGCAUCCUUUGCCAUGAUGAUCUUGAAAAAUUCCAUGAGUUUUGGAGGAUUGUCUCAUUAUAGAGGCAUACGUGACAACUGUGUAGGUGUUUAUAUGUAUAUAGGUGUACAUUUUUUCAAGUGCUGUCUAUAGUUCAGUGCUUGCUUAAGGUUUUAUUUGUAUUGCAUUCUUCCAAGAUUAUUAUUCACACUGUAAACAGUUUGCUUUCAGCUGUAACGUUUUAACAUUAAACUUAACACUGACCUGUAGUUUGCUGUCAAUAAACUUUUCAGAUUGGCUUUGUUAAAAUAAA